AUGGCCGAGGUGCUCGAUCCCAACGGCGGGGCCGCCGAGAGCGUGGCGGCCCAGGUCCUGGAGACACCCGGCUGGAAGACCCCGGAGGAUGCGGGACCCCAGCCCGGAAGUUAUGAGAUACGACACUAUGGACCAGCCAAGUGGGUCAGCACGUGCGUAGAAUCCAUGGACUGGGAUUCAGCCAUCCAGACCGGCUUUACAAAGCUGAACAGCUACUUUGAAGGCAAAAACGAGAAAGAGAUGAAAAUAAAGAUGACAGCUCCAGUGACAAGCUACGUGGAGCCAGGUUCAGGCCCUUUUAGUGAGUCUACCAUUACCAUUUCCUUGUACAUCCCCUCUGAACAGCAACCUGACCCGCCCAAGUCCUCAGAGUCAGAUGUCUUCAUUGAAAACAGAGCUGAAAUGACUGUAUUUGUACGGUCUUUUGAUGGAUUCUCUAGUGCCCAAAAGAAUCAAGAACAGCUUUUGACAUUAGCGAACAUUUUGAGGGAAGAAGGCAAAGUUUUUGAUGAAAAAGUUUACUACACUGCAGGCUACAAUAGUCCUUUUCAGUUGCUUAAUAGAAAUAAUGAAGUGUGGUUGAUUCAGAAAAAUGAACCCCCCAAAGAAAAUGAAUGAGAGCAUGAAGAAAGUUCCAUUGCCUGGGGCACACUUCUGUUU